UUGAAUAGCUUCCAAUACUUAAGCGCGCAGAAGCGCAGUGUAGCAGACAACUCCGUGACGUGAGUUGUGUUGUAGGGUGAAAAAUGUUCCGUUCAAUCAUGUUUUCACCCACCAUCAAUCAGGGACUUGCAUCCCUGAUACGCAAUAACAUAGCUUUGUCUGGAUCCCCUGGAUCUUUAGUAUGUCAAGCCAAACAAAUAACCACAGAUGUAGCAGCACAACAAAAUCAAGUUUCUGUACCAGGAAAAGUUGAGAAAGAACCUUACAGCCCUUUUCAAAAUACCAGUAACAUGGCAGAAUAUGCAGUGGCAAGAUUGGAUGAUCUCUUAAAUUGGGGCCGUAAAGGAUCCAUAUGGCCACUGACAUUUGGUCUGGCAUGUUGUGCUGUAGAAAUGAUGCACAUUGCUGCUCCCAGAUACGAUAUGGACAGAUAUGGAGUUGUAUUCAGAGCAUCUCCAAGGCAAGCUGAUGUUAUUAUAGUUGCUGGUACUUUAACAAAUAAAAUGGCUCCAGCAUUGAGAAGGAUAUAUGAUCAAAUGCCUGAACCACGAUGGGUCAUUUCAAUGGGAAGCUGUGCCAAUGGUGGUGGUUAUUAUCAUUACAGUUAUUCUGUUGUUAGGGGUUGUGAUAGAAUUAUACCUGUGGAUAUAUACGUGCCAGGAUGUCCCCCAACUGCAGAGGCUCUGAUGUAUGGUAUUCUUCAGUUGCAGAAGAAAGUCAAACGUAUGCAAACUGUACAAGCAUGGUAUAGAAAGUAAUCUAAAUAUACCUGAUAAUUGUAGCAAUUUAUAUACAAAUGUUGAUGUUAUAAGAUUAAAUGUAAUUAAAGUGGAAAUGAAUUUAUGAACUAUUA